AUGAAGACACUGUUGGAUUUGCUUAGUGAAGAUGGUGUUAUGGUUCAAGGAAAAGUUAUGUAUACUGAUACAAACAGACAAACUUUUUGGAAAAAAGUAGCCGUAGAGCUUAAUUCAGUUGAUGGAGGAGCAUUUAAAAAUGCAUUCAAAUGGUGCAAAAUGUGGACCGAUUGGAAAAAUAAAACUAAAAGGAAAGCAGAUGUUUUGUUGAAAAAGAAAAAAUAUGAAUUAAUGCCUCAACCUCUUGCAUUGACAAAACUUGAAUUAAGGCUGCUACAAUUAAUAUGUUACCCAUUGGAUGACUUCGAAUCUCAUUUUGAAAUGAAACAAAAAUUGGAAAUACCUAACAAUUCUAAAACUAAUAUUCAUUUAGAGUUUCUAGCAGAUGGUUCUAAUGAAUCACUGUCGAAAUGUGGAGAAGCGGUUACAGAUGAAGAGGAUAAUAAGGCUUUAAGGUACUUUGCAAGACACAAAAGGAAAACUGACAGUGAGGAUGUGCUGGAUCAUAAAUCGGAUCUAUUUGAUGAUUUAUCAGACACUGGAAAAAUUAUGAAAACCCAGGAAAAUAACAUUAACAUACCAUCAAUUUCUGUCGAAGAGUUUAAAGUAAGAACAACAUUAUCAUUACAAAAAGAGAGAUCGCAACAAAAGAAUGAAGAGUUACGAUUAAAAGCAAUAGAACUAAAACAAAAAGGGGAAGAAUUAAGAUUGAAAGAAGUGGAAAUGAAUAAAGUGAACUAUUUAACAAACAUAGAGGAGGAGAAACUGAAGUGCUUAAGGGAGAUAUCAUCAUGUCUUAAAGAGUUAUUGGAUAGAAACAGGAAUGGAAAUUUAAGAUUUAAUAAUGUGAUG